AUGGGCUAUAAUCAAAGAAGAAAGCCCAAAAUUUGGCAUUAGCAGCAGCAACAACAACCUGGUAUGGUAGAACAAGAUUGAAAACACAACACCACACCAUGUUCCAUUUUUCAACACUUGUACUCAAUCCUCAACCUCACACCCUCUUCUCUCCCCUACCCAUCUUCCCUUCUGCUCCCACUCCCCGCAAGCUCCAAUCUCUACCAUCACUCAGACUACCCACGAAGUGGAACCUCCACUCUCUCCCACUCUCCUAUGACGAUUCCGACGAACCCGUCAUCGGCGACUGUUUGGUCUUCGAAGAAGGCAUUUUCGAAGACCCCAUUUUCCACCACCCUAACAACAACAACAACGAACUCACCUCCGCCACUCUCCGCGCCAAGAAGCCCAAGUCGAAGAAAAAGACGGCAGUUGUUGCGGCUGAGAAUUUGGUCCCGGAGAAGUGGAGAGAGGUGCAAGCUGAAAUCAACAUCACCAAGAAGGAGAGGAGGAAGAUAGCUCAGGAGAUAGAGUUCAACAGCAAGGUUGAUAAGAAGAAAAGAGGGCUUAUUCCACUGAGAGACAUGGAUCUUAAUGAGUAUAAGGCUUAUAAGGAGGCCAAGUUGGCUCAGCUGAAACCUUUUGUUCUGGAUAAUCCUACCAGUUUUCCGGUGAAGAAGGAGGAGAGUGAGCCUAAAUUGAAUGAUGGGUCUGUUGGUGGUGGUGAGCGUGUAAUGCCUAGGAAUCCUAGGUGGGCUGUUUAUGGAAGGGGUUUAGAGGAUGUCACUGAGUUUUUCAAUAGUGAGAACUAUGACCCUGAUGCUACUGCUAAGACUAGCACUGAUGGUCGUACGAAGUUGUUUACUAAGGAGGAGAAGGAUUUGUUGAAAAAGCGGGUACCAGACUUGGCGGUUGCUACUUCAGGCAAAUGGCUUCCUUUGCACACUCUUGCUGCAUGUGGGGAAUUUUACCUUUUAGAUUCUUUGUUGAAGCAUAAUGUUGAUAUUAAUUCUGUGGAUAAGGAUGGUUUGACUGCUCUUCAUAAAGCAAUAAUUGGCAAAAAGCAGGCCAUAACCAAUUAUCUUCUGAGAAACUCAGCUAAUCCAUUCGUACAGGAUAGAGAUGGGGCCACGUUGAUGCACUAUGCUGUACUAACAGCUUCUGUUCCAACAAUCAAAAUACUCUUGUUGUAUAAUGUGGAUAUAAAUCUUCAGGACAAUGAUGGCUGGACACCGUUACAUCUUGCUGUUCAGGCUCAGAGAACAGAUUUAGCGAGGCUUCUGCUGAUUAAAGGAGCUGAUAAGACAUUAAAAAACAAGGAUGGAUUAACUGCUCUUGACCUUUGCCUAUACUCUGGCCAAAGUGUCAGAACAUAUGAGCUAAUCAAGUUGUUGAAGCAGCCUCCGAAACGGGUUCAAAUUGUGUCACAAAUGGGGCUAAGAAACAAUAUAACUUUUAAAGAAUUGGGGCAAACAAGUGAAGAAUAGCCAUUGCCAUGUUUUGCAUAGUAGUUAUCAGCUUUUUAGCAUAUGGAAAUUUUAGGACAACUAUGGCAUUGUAUAUUAAAUUUUAUGCUUAAAAUAUGAUAGGCGAAUAGGAAUAUUUUCACGAAAAAAAGGUAAAAAAAAAAAAACGGACAUGCCAUUUUUGACAGGGGCGGAGCCAGAAUAUAAUUGUGGGGGUGACUAAGACUAAAUGAUAUGUUGCUUAAAAAAAUAUAAAUUUCCACAAGUAUAAUAUAUUUGUAGCAAGCUUGGCAAUACAAAGACUAUUGAGCUCUCUAUAUUUGUAGCUCUCAAUGAUGAAAUAAUUUGUAGUAAGCUUGAAUUUGAAUUUGAAGAAUUUCUUGUACUUCAA